AUGGCACCCUCAAGCUUCCAUAAAUUCCCAGAACUGCCCUCCGAAAUCCAGCUGCAGAUAUGGGAAUCCUCGUUUCGCUCACCAAAUGCCAUUCCCGGUGGACUGCACUACAUCGGCCUUGACCAUGACGGAUUUCCGGUUCCACUGGAUAAAACCGCCAAAGACGAAUUCCGGAGACCAAGGUCAGGUUGCGAAUUGGAACAAGGUCUCUGGACGGCAUGUUGGGACUCCCGAGCAGCUGCAAUGAAGCAUCAACAGCAGCAAGAUGUCGAAUUCAGCUGCUCUAGCUUUGGACUUACCACUUUAAACUUCACCUUGGACAAGCGCGAAUGGUACCAUGGGAGGGGGCCUGUAUCAAUAAUUCCUCCUAUUGAUCAAGGCCAAAGGAAUAAUGAAUCACAACAACAGAAAAUCUUCAUCUGUCCCUCGCGAGAUAUUUUCUGCGUCGCAUUAAACAGGGCAGGGCGCGCCGUGCGCCGUGGGAAUUGCUACCCACUGCGAGUAUUCAAUGGACUCGCCUUCGAAUUCGAGGCUUCUUGGAACAUCAAGCUAUCACAGAAUGACAGCUACUACCCCAUAAAGAAGUUUCCGCCUUCGUUGGCCUUUAUGAUCAGGCUGGUGUUCGAGGCAGCACAUACCAGGGAUUUCACCACGCCACCCAUCAGGCUUAUCGAUAGGAAUGCUCGAUGGACAAACGACGACAAUACACAACCUGGUCUCGACACAUUUUAUGACUGCGAUCACGAAUAUGUAGAAAUAAGCAUGAAACCUGGCUCAUCUUCUGCACGGAUCGUUUGCCAUAGCCCGGUGCUCGAAUUCUUCGACCAUCUGGACAGACUGUUGGAGGACAAGCUCCAGAAUUUGGGCGCUUUUCGUCUUGGGCGUGGGCCGAAAUUCGUUAUAAGGGAUUGUUUUUCCAUCAUUGCUUUGCGGCAAAAUGAAGCAGAAGCUGUAAAUGAGUGA